AGAGAGAGCUCUAAGCUAGUCAAGCAAAUCAAGGUUAAUAGCUGGCUAGUGGUUCCUUCUCAUGUGACCAUAGAAGUGUUGGCUUCUGGACUGUGCUUGCUGCCUCAUAGCCUGUCACAGUGUUUGGAAUAAGGUGUGACCUAUUUAUUCCUAGAAUUAGCCAAUCAAAACAGUACUUUGUGAACUUCAUUCAAGACAAGCAGGCACUUGGUAUGUGUGUAAAUAUACCCUGUACCAGAAAGGCUUAGCAGGAUCCUGCAAAGCAGAGUCAUAGACUGGAUUUCUUCAAACUCAGGAAGAUUGACAAACCACCCUUGAGUCUUGGAUUAAUGCUUUAAAAAAAUCUUUAGGAAUGUCAGAAAGCGAGGACCUUGGACAAAGUGAAAGCUGGGAAGUCAUUGAUUCCAAAUCUGAAUACAGGCUCCGGCUGAAUCAAUGUUUAGAAGAAGCGAUGAUAAGUUUCUCCAUAUUUCUCCAAGAAAUGUCUCACUUCAAGGAGCAGAAUCCUGGCAAGUUUUGCCUCCUAGUCUGCAGCGUGUGCACAUUCUUCACAAUCUUAGGAAGUUAUGUUCCUGGAAUUGUGCUCUCUUAUCUUGUAGUACUAUGUGCCUUUUUAUGUCCACUCUUCAUGUGCAAUGAAUUUGGACAGAAGGUAUAUGGCAAUAUUAAGCCACUACUGCUGAAAAUGGACUUUGGUAUUGGGGACUAUAUCCAUCAGAAACUGAAAGAGAGAGCUGAAAUGAUAAAAACAAAGCUGGCAGAAGAUGACAGUGAACUGGACAUAUCAGCUCUGUGCCCUAAGGUUAGUCUUACAGCCGUGGCCAAAGAGUUGUCUGUAUCAGAUACAGAUGUAUCAGAGGUAUCUUGGACUGAUAAUGGAACUUUCAAUUUAUCAGAGGGAAACACUCCACAGACAGACACGUCUGAUGAUUUUGAUCGUCCCAGUGAUCACGAGGAAGCUUUCAUAAGAGACCUUACAGAAUUUCCAUCUGUGGAAAAUGGCAUGGGAACAAAUGAUGAAGAUGAUUCCAGCAUUGGUCUGCCUGUUCAGCAAGAGAAGAAAAAGGAACACCUCUCAACAACCACAUUGAACCCGGGCACCAGGCCGGAGAGGGAGGGGCACUCUGCAGCAGGCCUCUCCUUGCCUUUGAUCAACAACCAGGCCUUCAACAUAGUGACAGCCAUUGCCAGUGAUGUUGUGACAUCCGUGGUGUCAGCAGCUGUCAGAGACCAGUUGCAGUCCAUGCAGCCAGACCCCAAUUUAAUUGAAGAGACAGACACAGAGGAAGGAGAUGAUUUUGAACUGCUUGACCAGUCGGAGCUUGAGCAGAUGGAAAGUGAACUGGGGCUUACCAAAGGCCAGAAAGCAGAGCCGGAGGAAAAGAAGAAGUCCUCAGGCUUCCUCUCAAACUUGCUUGGAGGACAUUAAUAUGCAAAUUGGAGCUGCUUCAUAGUAUAUAGCCAAACAAAAUACAGACAACGUGAGAGGCAAAAAAAGGGGCGGGGAGAUGAGCUGCAAGCUCCAUCUAUUUUAGAUGUGCUGUAAUGUCCUUCAUACAGAGUGAACUAACUUGUUAUAGAUCAGUUGAUGCUGGUAGUUUUGUUUCCAAUAGUGAUGCCAUAGAAAUGGGGGGGGGGACCCUUUUGGCUAUAACCAAAUCCUCUUCACCUUCAGCCUGUUUACUCUUGUUUUUCAAGUAUAUAGACAGCAGUGCUUCAGGGAGAGAAAAUAUCGAAACAGGAAACAAAAAGCCAUCAUGUCCUAGUUGCCUCCUGUGUAGCAGAAUAUCAAAACCUCCAGAGUGAACAAGGGACUAAAUGCUCUUACAAAUAUCAUGAAAUGAGGAUGUCAUCAUCAAAAUGGAUUGCCAUUUUGUGUUUUCAUUACCUGUCUAAAUUUCCUGAUAUUCUUAUUGGCUAGGACAGGAAUAUGUAUUUUCUAAUUUUGGCAAGUUGCAGAGGUUUUAAAGCCUUACAGAACAAGCUGAUGUUAUGCUUCCUCCAUGUUCCAUCUGAAACCUCGCACUAGGCCCCAGAGAGCAAGACAAAAUACUGUGUUUGAGACUAUAUAUGCCAUCUCUGUGUAGUAUGUGUGUAUCCAGUGUGAUGCUGACUUUGGGUUACAAGGAUGGGGAAAUGGGAAAGAUCAAUAUUGAUGUUAGAUAGGCAGUCUCUUUACUUCCAGUUCCAUCCAUUGUAUGAUCUUUUUGUUUCAAAACAUAGAAUUGCAGCUAAAACUCUACAGACAGACUUUUGAUAAUUAGUUCUUCUACAAAAAGAAAUACAGAACAUAUCUGGCAUAUAAAUAGUAUAUAUUACGAUAAAACACUCCUAAUUCCUUGCAUAUUCUGUGGCAGACUUUGGGUCAUUUUAAAAAUGUAACAUAAUUUAUAUUUCCUGGUUUACCUGUUAAAAUUGAUGGGAACAGGCAGUGUCUUAACAAUGUAAACCGAAGUUUAAAGGAAGAAAUGCCACUAGUUUUAGUAACAUAGUAUAAAAAGCCAGCAACAUGAGGGACCAUAUCAUCUCUUUUGACUAAUCUUGGACUGUUACAGAGUUUUACUGGCAUUCUAAUAUAUAAGAAGUGUUACGUGUGCCCUUUCACCCCCAGUUUAGCGGGUGAUUUUCUGCCAUAGCAGCCAUUAGACAGCCUCCAUAUAGUGAAUAUUUCUGUAGGAUAUGCUGCUGUGUUUUUUUGGGGAGGAGGGGGGAUUGCUAGAAGCUCAGUUUUUUCUCCCUUCACUCCUGUUCCAUCCAAGGUGUUUAAUGUGACCCCAGACAAACAAGACCAAAUAACCCUAGUGUCAGCUCUCACUCUGUAUUAGCUUGGUUAAGGUAUCUCCAUACCCCUUGGCAGGAUGAUACUACUACCGCACAUUAGAUGUAAAUGUAUAUGGAAGUGGUUGCCUAUGACAAUGCAGAUUUGAGCACAGACUCAGAUGGACAUGUGUUUGUUGUGGAUUAUGCUGGUGUCUCCCAAAUGGGUAUCAGCCAUUCUUUCUAUUGGUCAAACUGGUACUUUCAUUCUUUAGCCCAGAGUCACAUGGUUGAAUUGAUUCCCUGCAAAAGAUGAGAGAUAUAAGCAUGAUCCUAAGCAUAUCUACUCUAUAGCAAGUCCCACCCACUUCCGCAGGACUUACGCCUUAGUAAGUGUGUUUAGGAUUGCAGCCUGUAUUAGUAAAAUCACUUCAUAAUGCAAGAUUCUGGCUGUGGUUACCAAUCAAAUACUCCCCCAUAUACAUGUUUUCUCAGGUUUUUAUGUAGUUUUAGCUUUGAUUUUAUUGGGAUCAUCUCUCAGGUUUUUGAUGAAUUUAUGAAGGAGCAGAGGACUACUUUAUCUUACAGAAUAUUUCCUAGAUAAGGGUAUGGUUAAGAGAAUAGAGAUAUUUCCUAAAUAGAGAUAUGCUACAGAGAAAAUCAUGGUAAUCCCUGUCUCUUUUUAAACAUGUGCUUCCUGUUCAUGGUGGAGAUAGAGAUUAUGAUUAUUGUUUAUAUAAUUUAUUUCCCAUUGGGACUCAAGUUAAUUCACAACAUGAUUAACUGAUAAAAACAUGAGAUGCUAUAUUAAAAUACAUUGAAACAGAUUAUGAAACAUUAUUGAAUUGAACACAAUUUAAAAACUCAUUAAUGAAGUACAGUACAACUUUCACCCACCCAAGAGCUAAUCAGAGAGAAUGAAACCUUACCCAUUAUUUGGAUAAGGCUGCAAUUUUAGUCACUCUUACUUGGGAGUAAGUAACACAUCAUUCAGUGGGAUUUACUUUUGAGUAAGCAUGCACUGAGUUGCACUGAUAAGAGCUGAGUCUAUUUUACAAGGCAAUAGGAAAGGGUUGGAAGAAGAAUGAUAAAUGAACUGGUAGAGCAUCAUCCCAGUUGUGUUGUAUAUUGUAACUGUGUGCACUUUAUUGUUUUAUUUAAAACGUUUCAGGGAUUUCCAAAUAUCAGAUAUAAUGGUACUUUUCUAAGGAAUAAAGUUCCAUCUACCAGUGAAAGCAGCUGGAGGGCCUGCUUGAGACGUGUAAAUAAUUCUCUUUCUGGUAUCAGGACUAAAAGUACAGUCCUGAGAUGAUGAAAUAAAACCCCAGUCUUGAAAA